AUGAGUGAAAAGAAAGAAACUGCGAUGGUGAUGAUGAUGAGGAAAAAUAAUAUUAUGGUUGAGACCAUUGAAAAUUAUUGUGUUUGGUCAGGUUAUUGGUUCUAUUUUUGUGUUGAUUAA